AUGAUGUCUAUUACAAUUUUGUACCAGCCACCAUCCACACAGAACAUCGAUUAUGGAGAUACAAUAGACCUCACUGUGAUUGCUAUUAAUGAUCGAUCUGAAAAUCUCACAUACAGGUGGAAACACAACAACUUGGAAUUCCUCAACCCUCCACCAUUUGUCAUCUACAAUCCAACAACAAGUGAGGCCUACAUCACCACAUGCAAUCUAAACAUUGAUCAGUACGAAUCUGUGAGGGGAACCUACAUCAUCAAUGUGACGCAUAACUUUGACUACCGUGUGGUAGAAGUGAAUGUUGUGCUCAGGGAGAAACCAGAAGAAGAUGUGCGCUUGCCACCCAAUGUGAUAGUUCCUGACGGUCCAAAAGUCGUAUAUAAGAAAAAUAAAGCUGAUUUUAGUUUACCAUGUAAAGCAAAAGGAGUUCCAGAGCCCAGCUAUGAGUGGUUGAGAGACGGGGUACCUCUUAUAGUAAGUCCUCAGAUCACAUUUGAUUCAGUACGUGGGGAUAUCACAUUCAAUGAUUUUACAACCAGAGAAGAAGGUGUUUUUACAUGUGUGGCAAGGUCAAUGUUUGGCACAACAAUAGUCAAAAGUUUUGCUCCGACAUACACAUUAAAGCAAUCUCGAGUAGAUGAGUUCAGAACAAAUGCUACCAUCUCUACGGUAGCGGAUGAGUACACCUACAUCAAGCUAAAAUGUGAAAAUAAAGGAGAAGCUGUUGGGGAAGAAAUUGAUUACACCUGGUAUGAUUUCAAUGGUUCCAAAAUUAAAAUAGAUGAUCGUCAGUUUAUUGAUCAAAAUGGAAAUCUGCAUUUUGCAUACGUCACAACAGCAGACGGCAGACAGUACAAGUGUGGCAUUUACGCCACUGGUUUGUCAUACAUACAGCUUAGUGGAGUGGUUCUGCUUUCUAUCAAAGCAACAGUUUGUAAGUUAAUUUAG